AUGGCCGAGGAACAGAAGAACAUCGAGGUCCCCCAGGAGACCAAGCCUGAGCUUGCCACCACUGGCAUCUCUGCUCCUGCCGUUGAGGCUCCCGUCGAGACCAAGCCUGUCGACGAGACCCCAGUUGUCGCCGCCGAGACCGCUCCCGUCGUUGAGGACAAGACCGCCGAGGAGGCCGCUAAGGCCGAGGAGAAGAAGGAGGAGGAGGAGAUCAAGCCCGUUGAGGAGGGUCACCUGAACCACAAGGCUCAAGGCCUAAGCUUCCCCAAGAACCUGAUCGCUAGCAAGGAGUUCUUCUUCUUCGGUACCGAAGCCGUUGAGCCCAAGACUCUCUCCCACUACCUCAAGAGCGAGAAGUCCACCGAGACUGCUCACUCCAACAUCGCCUGGGCUUCCGAGACCGGCAAGGGUCUUCUUUUCGUUGGUGACAAGAAGAACCCCUCUGGCGUCAUCGGCCUUGCCGAUGCCACUGAGCCCGAGAUCGACGGCUCUCACAAGUUCCAUCUCACCUCCAAGGGCAACAAGCACACCUUCAAGGCUUCCAGCACUGCUGAGCGCGACAACUGGGUUUCUCAGCUGAAGCUCAAGAUCGCUGAGGCCAAGGAGCUUGCCACCACUAUUGUCGAGACUGAGACCUACAAGACUACCCUCGAGAGCUUCAACCCCGCUCCCAUCAAGAAGGAGGAGAAGGUUGCUGAGGCCACCAAGGAGGAGACCCCGGCCGCUGCUGUUGUCGCCCCUACCAUCGAGGAGGCUGCUCCCGUCGUUGAGGAGGCCCCCAAGGAGGAGGAGGUCAAGGACGUUAAGGCUGAGGAGCCCAAGCGCCGAUCUGCUAGCCGUAAGCGAACCUCUUUCUUCGGCUUCGGCAAGAAGGAUGAGGCCAAGAAGGACGAGGUUAAGAAGGAGGCCGAGACCCGAACCGGUGACGAGGUCGCCGUUGAGACCCCUGCUCUUGAGACCCCUAAGAUUGAGGAGCCCGUUAAGCCCGUUGAGGAGGUUGCUCCCGUUAUCCCCGUUGCUGCCGAGGAGCCCGCCAAGCCUGUUGACGAGACCCCCAUUGAGGCUGUCCCUGCCACCACUGAGCCCCUUGAGAGCCCCAAGGAGAAGCCCACUGCCACCAAGCGCAACAGCUUCUUCGGCAACGUCUUCUCCAAGAAGGAGAAGAGGACUCCUGAGCUCAAGCCUACUGAGCCUGAGGCUGCUAACGGUGUCGAUGCCGAGACCACUGCUCCCGUGAUUCCUCCUGUUGAGGCCACCACCCCUUUGGCCGUCGAUGUCUCUAGCCCCGCUACCGUCCCUGCCGAGACCACUGAGGCUGCUACCGCUACCUCCCCCGCCCCUGAGGUCAAGAAGGAUCUCAAGGAGAAGCGCAAGUCUUCUCUGCCUUUCGCCUUCGGCAAGCGUGACAAGUCUCCCGCCCCCGUUGAGGGUGAGAAGAAGGAGUCUCCUUUCUCCAAGCUCCGCAACACCAUCCGUGGCAAGUCCCCCAAGCCUGCUGAGAAGCGCGCCGAGGAGAACAAGGAGGAGACCCUCCAGGAGGAGCCCACUGAGAUCAAGGCUGAUGAGGUCAAGAUCGAUGAGGCCCCCAAGGUUGAGGAGCCCGUCGCUGCCACCGAGACCGAGGCUGAGGCUAAGCCUAAGGACGCUGCUCCCGCCCCUGUCGUCACCGCCGCCGCCUAG